AGUUGUUAGCUGGUUAGUCAGCUAGUUGGUCUGCUAGUUUGGCUUGGUUAGGUUCAGGCAUGAAGAGGGAUGAUUGGCUAGGAUUAGGGCGAUAACGUCAGGAUAAACCAAUCAGAGGCGCUAAGGCGGUUCAGCUGAAACGUCUUCGGAAAAGUGAAAAUGAAAGAAGAGGACUUCGAGUGCGCAGGCGGCUCCAUUUUGUUUCGUGUUCAUUGUUUUGUUCAUUUUUAUUUAUUUAUCAAUAUUGUUAAUAAACUCUACAGGAGAACCGACAGGCUCCACACGCUGAAGGGCGAGUCACUGUUAAAGUGACUGAAAUUACUCUCAGCAUCUGAGGGAGUAGAGCAGCAGACGAGUCACCUUCCUUACCCAGAGACCUCUGGUGCGACGGCGUGUGAUCCUAGACUGACCAAGAGGAAGAGAGCACAGAGAGCACCAGUAAAGCACGAGUUUCCACAGAAAACACCGGAUGGCGGAAGAAUGUCCCAUCUGAAAACCAGUAACACGUGUGGGCUGCCCAGUAUGGAGGCAGAUACACUCCAACCAGCAGCAGCGUCCUCGUGUCCCAGUGGACUUUCCCUGAAGAGUAACAGGUCCAUGGACAUUCCUGACCAGUUCAAGGGAGGAGUAGUAGAUGUUCCUACUGGUGAAAGACAUUCAAGAGUUUCCAAUGACCAGACUGCACUCAAUCAGAACCUGGACCAAGAGGAUUUUGAAGCCAAACUUUUUGAAUUUGUGAAAUCUAAUAUGAGGAGUUGUUGGAAGGUCCUCAAUCCCUGUGGAGAGUUCGAGGAAGAUGAAAAAAAGGAGCAGUUGGUUGAUGAUGAACUGAUUCAGUCAGAAGCAGCAGCCAAGGACGCGUUUCUGCAGAUCGCCCUCCAUGUUUUGAAGACCAUGAAAAUGGAUGCACAUGUCUUCAUCCUUGAGCAAAGGUAUUACGGAGAACUCAUUAUGUAUCAGCGGAAACUCAAAUCCCGUAUGAGAGUGAGAUAUGAUCACAUGGCUGAAGGGAUAGCAUAUCAUGGAAAUGCCACAAGCUUCAAUAAAAUAUACACAGAACUCUACGUACUUGAUGGAAAGGUUAGAGGAAUCAACAGUGAACACGAGGUGAGGCAAAUUGAGACAGCCGUCAACCGACCCAGGUCUGCAGAAACGCGAGUCAAGUGUGAAGACAUCUUCAAGCCCUUGCCUGAACAUGGCAAACCAAUCAGAAUGGUACUCACCGAGGGGAUAGCAGGCAUUGGUAAAACUGUACUGGCACAGAAGUUCAUGCUGGACUGGUCAGAGGAGAAGGCCAAUCAAGACAUCCAGCUCCUGUUUUCACUUCCUUUUAGGGAGCUGAAUUUGGUUAGAAAUGAAAAAAGAAGUUUAAUGGAGCUCCUGUAUGACUUCUCUCCAGACCUGAAAGAAACCGGAAUCAAAGACCUGAAGAUGUACAAAGUUCUGUUUGUAUUGGAUGGUCUCGAUGAAUGCAGACUCCGUCUGGAUUUCAAGGGAAAUGAGAGAUGUAGUGAUGCUACACAGUCCACCUCGGUGGAUGUGCUGCUGACAAACCUCAUUGCAGGUAAUCUGCUACCAAAAGCUACUCUGUGGAUAACUACUCGACCUGCUGCAGCCAGCCGUAUCCCUCCUCAGUACGUUGACCGGGUGACUGAGAUACGAGGCUUCAGUGACCCACAGAAGGAGCAGUACUUCCACAAGAAAAUCGAUGAUGAAAACUUAGCCAAAAGAGUAGUCGCUCACAUAAAAUCAGCAAGAAGUCUCUACAUCAUGUGCCAUGUCCCGGUGUUUUGCUGGAUUUCCUCUACUGUCCUGGGAAAAAUGUGUGCCAAAGCAGGAGGAGGAAAAAUACCGAAGACAUUGACUCAGAUGUACAUCCACUUUGUGGCACAUGAGGCCACACAGAUGCGUGUCAAGUACUGCGAAGAGCAGCAGCUGGACUGCCAUGGGAAUAACAAGAUGAUUAUGUCGCUUGGGAAGCUGGCCUUCCAGCAGCUGGAGAAAGGCAACCUGAUCUUCUACGAAGAGGACCUUAGAGAAUGUGGUAUUGAUGUCAAAGAAGCGUCCGUCUACUCAGGAGUGUGCACUCAAAUCUUCAGGGAAGAGCCUUGGAUGCAGCAUAAAGUCUUCUGCUUUGUGCAUCUGUCUGUCCAAGAGUUUCUCGCAUCUUUGUACGUACAUGUGAUGUACAAGGUCAACGGUGUAAACCUGAUGAUCGAAGAACCUGAACACAUAGACAAAACAAAGCCUGUAUCUGAAUUGCACAAAGCUGCAGUGGACAGAGCUUUACAAAGCGACAGUGGCCACCUGGAUCUCUUCCUGCGUUUCCUCCUUGGAAUCUCUCUGGUGCCCAGUCAGGGUCUGCUCAGAGGCCUGGGAAUACAGGUAGAAACCGGCGACUCCCAGAGUCAUGUGGAAACCAUCACGUACAUCAAAGACAAAAUUAGGCAGACUGCUCAUCCUGACAGGUGUAUAAAUCUCUUCCACUGUCUGAAUGAGUUAAAUGACAACUCUCUGGUGGAGGAGAUCCAGAGCUACUUGGACUCGGACCAAGACUCGGCGAUGGAGGAGUUCUCUGCAGCUCAUUGGGCGGCCCUGGUUUUUGUGUUGCUGACCUCACAAGAGCAGCUUGAGCUGUUUGAACUGAAGAGGUACUCCAGGAAAGAAGAAGGUCUUCUGAGGCUUCUACCAGUCCUCAAAGCAUCCAGAUCAGCAAAGUUGAAUGAUUGUAGACUCACUGCGAACUGCUGUCAGGCACUAUCUUCCACUCUCAGCUCAUCAUCUUCGGAACUCUGUGAUUUAAACUUGAGUGACAACAGUUUGCAAGACUCUGGAGUGGAGCUUCUCUGCACCGGACUCCAGAGCCCUUACUGCAGACUGAAGACACUGACGCUGAACAGAUGCAGCCUCACCCACAGAUGCUGUGAGGAGCUGGCUUCAGUCCUGAGCUGUCCCUCAUCACAUCUUCAAGAGCUGGACCUGAGUGACAAUGACAUUGAAGACUCGGGAGUGCAGCUGCUCUGCACCGGACUGGGAAAUGUGUGCUGUAAACUGGAAAUCCUCAGGUUGUCGUUCUGUUGCAUCACGGAGAAAGGUUGUGGUUUCCUGGUCUCAGCAGUGAAGUCCAACCCGUCCCACCUGAGAGAGAUGGACCUGAGCUUCAAUCACCUCGGAGAGUCUGGGCUGAAGCUCAUCUCUGAAGCGCUGCGGGAAGGACAAUGUGAAUUAACUAAACUGAGAGUGGACCACAAUGCAGAAUACUGGCUAAAACCUGGACUGACAAAACAUGCAUGUGAGCUUACACUGGAUCUCAACACAGCCCACAAACUCCUCAUUAUCUCUGAUGGGAACCGAAGAGUUACCCAGGGCAGAGAGGAGCAGCCAUAUCCCGAUCACCCCGACAGGUUUGACUACUGGACCCAAGUCCUGUUCCGGCAGGGCCUGACCAGCCGCUGUUACUGGGAGGUUGAGUGGGAAGGAAACUGGGCCGGGAUCGGAGUGACCUACAAGGGCAUCGGUCGUAAGGGUGUGCCAAACAGCUGUGUGAUAGGAUACAAUCAGAUGUCUUGGGGUCUGCACUGUUCUGCUCACGGCUAUGCUGCAUAUCACAAUAUCAAGAGCAUUGCCAUUUCAGUUCCUUCGUCAGGUUGCCAUAGGGUGGCGGUGUACCUGGACUGGGAGGCUGGCAUCCUGUCCUUCUACAGAGUUUCUGCUGGAAGGUCACUGACACACCUGCACAGCUUUUUCACCAAAUUCACUGAGCCUCUUUACCCAGGGUUUAGAGUCUGGGACUUUGGCUCCUCUAUCACACUCUGUCAGCUGAACUAGCUUGGUGUAUCUUCAGCGACACCACGGUUCUGGCCCGGCUUUCUUUACGCCUCUCCUACUUUACAGUGAUUUAUGUCUCUCGCUGAGUUGGUGCGUGUGAAAGGUGCAUAAUUUGGUUUUCCCGAGACUCGUCCCUUUCCGGUCAUCCUUUUUCGACACCAUUUCUAAGGCUCAGGGCUGUAAUGCUAUUCUCUCUCAUACGAAUGCCAUCUUUGGUGUACUCUCAGUUUGAGUUGAUUCCAUUCUCCCUGCUCACCUACAGAAGGUCAUUGCCUCUUCCUCUCUAUUAGCUUAGACGCUCAGUUCUAUUCAAAUAGAAGGGUGUGACCCCUCCAUCGCACAACCAAUGGAUCAAAGAUGCGAUGCAGAAGAUCAAGCUGGAAAAAAAUCAGAUUCACCCUCAACGGCUCCACUGAGAGAUUUUACAAAACCCGGGACCCAUUAAUAAACUAUGUGAAUAGUUUACCUGGCUUGGAAAUAUGAUCUCGCACCUCGACACGCCUUUUUUUUUUUACCUUGAGAUAAUGGCUUUUGUUAAUGUCUGAUAAACUGAAAAAUCUCCAUAAAUCAAGUGUUAAUAAUUAAUGAUUAAAAAAAGGGAAAUAGAUAUCGCAUGGAAUGUGCAGCAUCACACCAGAAUACGUUAUACGGUGAUGGUGACAUCUCCCAUUUUCAUCUUCAGAUAUCUUCAUAAUAAAAGAUUUUCGCCUACAUUACGAUAAUGAACCACAUUUGCCCAGCACUUUGAGGGACCGAAGACAGACUUAGUGUGUAAUAUAGUUUUAUUUCAUCCAUCAGGCGUGGCCCCUGCCAGGCUGACUGAGCACAUACGCUGUUGCUCAGGACAAUCCACAGAACAGUCCGUCGACAGUUGUCCAAGGACCUUCUGCAAAAGAAAAAGCAGUCCUAGGUCCGUGGAUCGUCCAGAGCGACAGGGCGGCUUUCUGUAAAGCGCAGUUGCUGUCGAGUUUUUAAAUGUCAUGCUUCAACAGUGUGAGCGGUGUGAAACUGAAUUCCAUCCACCACAGACAAACCGACCCUAUCCGAUCGGACGGACUAUGUUCCAUGUAAUGUGGGUGAGCUCACCAUUUCAACGGGGUUAAUCAAUGAAUAAUCGGUGAAGAUGCACCAGCGCUUCAGAAAGCCUCAUUUCACCGUCACUGUUUAUAGGGACAAUGCAAAUGCAAUGGGCCACGCCUAUCGUUGACCCCAAGGUCACGUCCAUUUUAUUUCUUCUUUUUUUUUUCUAUGAAUUUGGGAGUUCUAGUGACCUUGAAUACUGUUCACAUUCUAAGAUUUAAGGUUACACUCGGCCGUUGUUGUUGUUUUUUUCCUAAAGAUGAUAAAAUACUAAUAUUUGUUACACUCAGUUAUCUUUACAUUUGAUAAAUAUGCAUUUGAACGAAACAUAAAAUGUAAAUGAACGGUCAAGGGGUUAAUAAAACGUGAAAAACUAAACCAGCUUGAACUUUUUCUCAGUUGUCCCGUUGCCUCUGAGGCCGGAUUAAAGGGUUAGGAGGCAAACAUCCGUGCUGUCGGGACCCGGCCCCA